ACAUCACCAACAUCGCCAGUAACAUCAACAGUACCACUGUCGACAAGCACAUCCUCAGCAGCAACAUCACCAACAACACUUUUGACAUCAACGACAAAACAUCAGCAACAUCAAUGCUUUCAACAACACAGUCAGAAACAUCAACAAUACCAUCAACAACACACUCAGCAAUAUCAACAAUACCACCAACAACAUCAACAACACAAUCAGCAACAUCAGUACCACCAAGAACACUACAAUCACAACCACCAACAACUCUACCAACAACAACAUUAUGGUCAACCUACAAAUAUCUACUCGGGCCUGGUCUUUUAGUGCUUUCUUUCACAUUAGCAGUGAUCGCCUGCGUCUUCGCUGCCGUCACUCGACGGAGAUACCAGCAGCUGCUGACACAGAGAGGCCCUAGUGUUGCUCCAGAGACAGAGAAUAACGAGUAUGAGGAGUGGAAUGAGAGCUGGAAGAUGCAGCCAGUCAUUACAGGCAGUGAACAACAUUCAUUAAAUGUGUCAUCACUGACAGUUACCCCUCACCGAUCUGGAUCAACUCACGACAGUGAAAACAGUCUCUAUGGCGUCAUCUGAAAAUUAAUAUGUCUGUCUUUAUAAAGAUUCACUCAGCCUUUCAAACGUCAGAUAAAUGUAAAGUGUAGAGAGUCUGUUACAGGAACCUGGUAUGUGUAUGCAGACUAAAAGAAACAGCAACAGGAGCUCAUUACCUUGUGUGUCUCUAAACUCGACUGUCUAAUGAACCAGACGUGAGCUAUCAAGGUUGACACCGCUUCCCCAAUCUGGUAAGAAUCAAAUCACAUUAAUAAAUCUAAAUGGGGCCAUGAAACGUCGACGAGCAAUUACCUAAUUCCUGAGCUUGCUACCAUCUGCAGCUCAUAAGACUGCCAUCCCCACGAGCCCUUUUAGGGCGGGGCAGAUGGCAGACCAGAGGCCUAGCUUCUCCCUACGAGCCCCGUGAGGGCGGGGAAUGUGGCUAGGCCUGGGGACAGUUGGUCCCAAAGAUGAGGGGGUACUUGUACCUCCUCCCAUGGGAGACUUAAGUCUCGAGACACUCCCCAGAUAGGGAACCAAGGCCGGGUCACCACUACUUGGAAAAGACCCGGGCCGGGAGAGUACCGGCGAAUAAAAAAAAAAAAAAAAAAAAAAAAACUAAUUCCAAAGGAGAAGCUACUACUUGUACUAACUCCAGCCUCCUUCACAAACAUAUAUAAAAAAUUAAACCCCAGAAAUCUUUCAUUACUGAAAAUAUACCUUAGCCAAGGAUAACCUAAAUAAAACUUAAUACUGUACUGCGAGGCCUGGUCAUUGACCGUGGCGCGGGGGCGUUGACCCCCGGAACACCCUCCAGAUGUACACACUCGUAUAUUAACACUUGCGAACUGUAUACAAGCCGAUAUCCUCAUCCCCAGUUAAAUAAGUUACUGAACAAAGGAGACAUGAAGUAAACAAAGCUGCAGGAACAGAGACCAUAACAAAUAAAAAUAUUUUUUACAGAAUAUUAUUUCACGGGGAAUAGACGGCCGGUGUUCAAAUGAAAUUUAUUUUUUGAUCUGGAGUAGAGAAGAACCAGGAGUUAAAUAUGAAAAUCUCAGGUAACCAGACAUGUAAUUCACAUUUCAUCGAUGGGAUCAAAGAUAUAGAGAGAAAAGUAGCAAAGCUAAGAUAGAAGGAGAGGGAAAUACAAAGGCGACUACAGAACUAAGGGUAGAGUGGCAGGAUACAGUUCACCAUUAACCAGCAGCAACCAGGAGUAACUACCAACAACCAGGAGUAACAACCAACAACUAGGAGUAACAACAACCAGGAGUAACAACCAACAACUAGGAGUAACAACAACAACCAGGAGUAACAACCAACAACUAGGAGUAACAACAACAACCAGGAGUAACUACCAAACAACCAGGAGUAACAACCAACAACUAGGAGUAACAACAACAACCAGGAGUAACAACCAACAACUAGGAGUAACAACAACAAUCAGGAGUAACUACCAACAACCAGGAGUAACAACCAACAACUAGGAGUAACAACAACAACCAGGAGUAACAACCAACAACUAAGAGUAACAACAACAACCAGGAGUAACUACCAACAACCAGGAGUAGCAACCAACAACCAGGAGUAACAACAACCAGGAGUAACAACCAACAACCAGGAGUAACAACCAACAACCAGGAGUAACAACCAACAACCAGGAGUAACAACCAACAACCAGGAGUAACAACAACAACCAGGAGUAACUACC